AAAAGGUCAUUUGGUUUGGCCUACUUUGGCACCAAUCAAAUGUAACACCAUUUUUUUUUAGCUGCACGCUUCUCGGCUCAAGACUGUCAGUGCUUUCAAAGUCUUGGACGAUGCAUCUGUAUAUGAUCCUCUGUGGAGUAUUUCACCUGUCAGCUGUCGACUGUUUGCCAGCAAUCCAACAGGACACUGGGGUUGUAUCCGCCUCUGUUGGAGAGAACGUGACUUUAAAAUGCUUCUAUGACAGCCAGGUGUCUGUGCACUUCUCCUGGUACCGACAAACCCCAGGACGUGGACCUGAGCUCAUGUCUACUAUUUAUAAGUACGAUAAGCCCUCCAAAGUCUUCCCCUGGAUGGAGAAGAACCCUCGUUUCUCUCUGAAGAGGACGGAGUCGGCCAAUCAUUUACACAUCACUGACGUCCAAUUCUCAGAUUCGGCCUCAUACUUCUGUGGAAGCUCACACUCCAACAUAGUGGAAUUUGGAGAUGGGGUCUUCCUAAGUGUUAAAGGAGCCAGCAUUAAAGAAAUAGACCAGGGGCCGGUAUCUGAGACCAUCCAGCCAGGAGGCUCUGUGACUCUGAACUGCACAGUCCACACUGGGACCUGUGAUGGAGAACUCAGUGUUUACUGGUUCAGACAGGGAUCUCACAAUGGAGUACUUCACAGACAGAGCAACAGGUGUAAACAAGUCUCUGCACAGGGUUCCCCUCCACAUAGCUGCGUCUACCAUCUGCAGAAGGUGAACGUGAGCUCGUCCGAUGCUGGGACUUACUACUGCGCUGUGGCCUCCUGCGGGGAAAUACUUUUCGGCGAUGGGAGCAAGCUGCUCGUCAAAGAUGAUGCUGAGGAGCAGAUGGCCCAGAUGAGAGUCUUGGUCUAUCUCUCCAUCACUAGGAUUGGGAUCCUCUUGUUUUUUGCAACGAUUUGUCUCUUGGUUUACCUCAAGAAGAUCAGAAAAAGUCCUAUAUAG